AUGGCCAAGACGCUGGGUCAGAUGGUGUCAAUACCACCAGCUCAAGCACAAUUCUCUGAAGCGGAUGAGUUAACAGAAGAGGACGAAUGUUGGACCGAGCUGCAACUUGCAGCCAAAGAUGGCAAUCUUACCAAGGCCAAGAAUCUCAUCGACGAGGGCGCGGACAUUAAUGCACCGGCAUCUGGCUACUACGGCAAUACUGCGUUGCAAGCAGCCUGCCUCUUUGGGCACGAAGAUGUCGCAAAGCUGCUCAUCGAGCGAGGCGCUAAUGUCAACGCCCCUGGAGGAAACAAUGGAGAGAGGACUGCCCUCCAACAGGCAUGUGCCGCAGGCAAAGCGUCUCUAGUCAAGCUGCUCAUCGAGAAAGGUGCUCAUGUUAAUGCACCAGCCGGCAGAUACGCCGGACGUACCGCGUUGCAGGCAGCUGCAGGCGAAAAUCACAUCGAAAUCGUUCAGUUAUUGUUAGAUGCAGGGGCAGAUGUGAACAGCAAACCGGCCAAGACCACGGGAGAAACGGCACUGGCUGCUGCAGCGGCGACAGGUAAUGUUCAACUCGUCCAGCUCUUACUGGAUCACGGAGCAGAUGCCAAUGUGCCUGCCAUCCGACAUAAAGGUAGAACAGCAUUACAGGCAGCAGCAGUACGGGGAGACUUGGCCAUCGUAAACCUGUUGAUCCUUGCAGGAGCCGAUGUGAACAUGCCUGGGUAA